UGAUGAACCAGGAACGCAGGUGACCAGACGCACACGCAGCUCUAGAUCCGUCUGGAGAGAGACCAUCUUCACGCAGGAAGUCAUGAGGCGUUAUGUGAAGUGAGGCUGGCACCAAACCCAGAGGGAGACUCGUAUGAAGAGCAUGGGAUGAGAAGCUGAGCAGCAAAGUUUCUAUCAGUGGACCCCACCUCCUGGGUCAAUCUCGUAACCAAUGGCAACCUCAGUCCAGACUCUUCCACUGACCCGUGGCCACAACAAAAGAUUUCGCAACCCUUUCCCUGCCGCGACCCUCUCCUCCCGCUGCAGCAUGGGAAGUGUAGGCAGUCUGGUGGAGCGGCCCGACGUGUCGCCCACCAAAGUCAACCGCGCCGUGCCGCAAGUGAGGCCCAAGCCUGCCAACGGGCUUUUAAAAAAAGGCUUCACUCAACGAGAGCUGCUGAACUACCUCAACAUCAACAGGAAAGUGACAAAAUCAAGUUCCAGCGCCGACCUGAAGAACAUCAUCACCUCGGUGAGCGGCGUUGAAGAGGAAAACCUCUACGCCAAAGUCUACCACAAGGACGGGACCGAGGUGGACUUGACGAAGAAUUCACUUCCCAGUACUGGCAAGCAUGAGAAGGCUCAUUUCAGGUCAUCGGCCUUCAAACCCGUCACACCGAAAAAUUUCAGCUCCAUGCAAAACCUAUAUCCCUCGUCCAAGUCAGAGGACCUGGAUAACGGACUGUCCAACGGGCUUCGCCGAGCCUAUGGGAAUGUUCCCAAGGCGGUGUCUACUUCCUCUUCCUCCUCCUCCCCCUCUCGUCCAGGAGUCCAGACCACCAACAUGAAUCCCUGCUUUCUCCAGCCACUGUCCACUGCUCGAGGGCCGAGUCAGGAGGAGGAUAACCUCUCAGACUCCGGUCACAACUCCAUGAGCAGCCUGCCUCCGUACAAGCCUCCCUUCCGUCCACAUCUGUCGAACAUCAGUGCAUCUAUGGGCCACAUCAACACGAUCGGAUCGGUGGACCGCAGCCCUCUGGCCAGCAAGGCACCUGGGCUGCAGGGAGGGCCCACCGGGGAGAUGGCGUGUCGCAGCAUGGCCACCCUGACCAGACUGGCUCCGUAUGGAGGAGAAGCUCCGCCCCCUUAUGAGUGGACCCUCUCGCUGUCCGUGGAGGACGUGGUGCGGGAUCUGGAGGAGCGGCUGGUUGAGAAGGAGCACGAGCUAAAACAGAUGAGGAGGAACUUGGACGAGAGCGAGGGUGCAAUUGCGCAGGUGUUCGAGGGGAAGCAGCGACUGUGGGAGCAGGAGGUGGAGGAGCUGAAGCGCUUGUACGCUGCCAAGCUCAGGCAGGUUUCCCAGCAUGCCCAGCGCUCCCAGAGAGGCCUCCAGCUGCAGCUGUACAGGGCCCAGCAGGAGAAGAACAAACUGCAGGAGGAGUUGGAGAGCUGCAGAAGAGAACAAGGCCCAGAGAGCGGAGCUGUGAAGAAGUGCAUCAGUCCCACUCUGGAGGAGACGCAGUGGGAGGUGUGCCAGAAGGCCGGAGAGAUCUCUCUGCUCAAGCAGCAGCUCAGGGACUCGCAGGCCGAGGUGACCCACAAACUGAGCGAGAUCUUCCAGCUGAAGACUCAGCUGCGGGAGAGUCGCGGGGAGCUGCGCAGGAAGGAGAGCCAGGUGGAGGCGCUCAAGCUGGUCCUGCAGGGGGCGCAGCGGCGCAGGCUGGGUUCUCAGACCACCAGCGAUGACGGGAGAGGGGAGGAGGGCGCAGCCACAUCUGCAGGAGGCAGCGGCGGCCACACAGAGGAGCGUCUGCGAGCGGAGCUGCUGCUGGAGCGGCGCCAGAGCGAAGCCCAGGCCACGGUGUUCGAGGAGGAGCGGCAGACGUGGCAGACGGAGAAAGACAAGGUCAUCCGCUACCAGAAGGAGCUGCAGGCCAGCUACCUGGAGAUGCACCGCCGCAACGAGGAGCUGCAGAGGGAAGUGAGCCAGCUGAGAGCCAGCAGACACCUGGCAGAAGGUCGCGAUGGGUCGCUGGAAAGAGAAGUGGCGGAGCUGAAGAGCAGCAUGAGAGAGGAGAGAGAGGAAGAGAGGUGCUCCUCUGGGCUGCCGUGGAUCAACAGGAUAGAGUCGUCAGAGAUUUGAAUGAAUUGGACUGAUUUGCAAUUCAAACGUUCCCUGUGCGGCGUGUCAUGCUAGCGGCAGAGCGACUCCGUCAGGGCAGUGAGAGAACUGACACUCAUAAAUACAUGAAUUGAACUGUCGUACCACAGCUUGAACUGCCUGUUUCAUGGUGUGGACCAAAGCUGGAUCCCAAAAUCUGUUGCUUGUGAAGGAUAACGGUACAUAGAGAACCACCUGCGGAGCUGCUCUCCAGUUAGUACUUUCUAAAGUUAUUUGGCUGUCCAGCAAGCCUAAAGGAAUCGGGUUCGACGGCCACUGAGGCAGCACAAACCCUUGUGACCCAGAGGAACAAGGAUAUGAGAGGGCUUCCGUAGGUGAGUCAUCUGGAUGAUCCGAGAAUCUAGACUUGGCUGGCCCAUUAAAGAUGCUGUUCCUCUUGCACCUGGUAACCCAAGGUUCAGUCGACCACACACCAAAUAGACCAAGAGCCAAAUGGACAGACCUCCUGCGUUUCUAGAUUUGACCAGGCUGAAUAGCUAAUGCAGACGUCCUUCUGAGAAAGCUCCUGAAGGUAAUGGACUGUGUCUCUGAGGCUUCAUUUAAAAGCAACUUUUUGGAACCACAAGCCAACACAAAGCAGAGUACUCAAGCGUUCCUGUUGAAAAGCAGCUCCCCUAGUGGACAAUAUGUGAAAGCACCUUUAGUUGUGGCCUUUUGCUCUGUGAAUAGUUCCUAACUAGACCUCCGUCCUUUUCUGUCUCAAGGAAUAAGCUGUCUCAGUUUUGGCACCAGAACUGUUCUGCUCUUCCAUGAAACUUCAUUUGUACAGGACAAACCGCGACCUGCUCCUCCUCUGCCAGGUCUGACUGUAAAUAACAGCCGCGACCAUCACUGGAGUCGUGGAUGAUGUACAGCUUGAUGGUAAACCAAAGGAUUUAGAAGGGAAUCCAGCCAACGCACCCGUGAAUGAAGGGUCAGCGUCUGGGAAUAUUGUAGGAAAGUGAUCGCUGUUCAGUUAGGUGGCAUUUAUACACAUAACUCCAUGUAUAUUGCCUUUUUUAUUUGUCACACUGUGCGUCUAAAGGUGCAUUGCUCGAUGCAUGACUUGAAAUACUGUUUAAAUGUUUGAUCACAUCGAAUAAAAAUGUUUAUUUGCCUCUCUGGAAGUACGUUGAGUUUUCACUCAAAGGGGAGGCUGUCGGAAGCCGCACUCUAAAGGGCUUCAAAUCACACAGGAAUGACCCAAUAAACCCCAAGGACAUGAGCUUUAUGACAGAAGGGACGGCAGGAACGCCGUCGCUUUUGAAACUAAUGGCGCUUUUAGAAGUCCGACCUUGGGUUGUUGUCUCCCCGAGGCUUCCCUCGCAUGCCAGCCUCCUGCCUUCAGACAGCAGGGAACAUGCAUGUUGGCCCAACACGGCCAGCACUUCUGUGCAAACUGCCAGAGAAAAACUGUUUCGGAGAGGCGGAGUUUUAAUAGUGUGGGGGUUAAAUCUGAAUUGUGAUGAGCUGCUGCUGACUCACACCAACCUUCUCUUGGUAUUUAAAACAUUAUGUAAACUGUGUUUUACAGGAGAGGAUGAGCGCUGAAGUGAAGUGGGCUCCAUGCUGAACCUCUGUAGGAGGAUGGGGGUCUGAAAGCCAUCAGCUUUAUGCAUCCGUCCAAAUUCUACUGUGUUAAAACUGUGAGAGAUAAACCUGCCUCCGACCCAAGAAAAAAAAGAAGCAGCUAUUUAUGGAGUCGACCAGCUCCACAAGUGAAGACGCAACAACAGUGACACCCAGUGGUGAAGUCACUGACAUGCAUGAAUUAAUAAAAAAGAAACGGAUCAAGAAGUGACUGCGUAACAGAGCAGAACGGUUUGUCACUGACGGCAAUGGUGACAGCAAAA